AUCGGAGUUAUAAAUAGAUUACUGUUUCGAGAGGUGCGAUCCAGUAAAGGUCAAGAUGAGCUACAUUGCAGAAUAUCAGUAUACAGAUGAAUUCGAAGCAAAUCACAAAAUGGUACAAGAUUUUAAAGAUUACGGCUAUAUAUUAGUCAGGAACCUAUAUGACAAAGAAGAAGUAGCAAUGCUUAUCAAAGCAGUGAGUGAAACUGAUGCCUUUCUCAAGAAUUCUUAUCAGGUUGAGAAGGGGGCAAAAAAGGCACCAAGGAUAAUAUGGAGUCAUCCAGGAACUGACGUCACAGGUAUGGCAGCUAGAUGUGAAAAAGUUGUAAACACUUGUGAGAAGUUACUUGGAGGUGAAGUCUAUCAUUAUCAUUCUAAGUACAUGUUAAAAGAUCCUAAUAUGGCGGCUCCUCAUUACUGGCACCAAGAUUAUGGAUACUGGUACAAAUGUGGCAAUCUGUUUCCUGACAUGAUGACAGUAUGGGUAGCUUUGGAUAAAGCAGUUAAACAAAAUGGUUGUAUGGAGAUUCUUAGUGGCUCUCAUAAAUGUGGUCGAAUUGAACACCAUCCAUUUGAUGGCCAAUAUGUUGGUCUCAAAUCUCGUGUUGACUUGAUUAGAGAAAGAUGCCCUCACCACUACAUGGAAAUGAAUCCAGGAGAUGCUCUGUUCUUUCACUGCAAUACAAUUCACCACAGUAGUGCCAACAAAAGUGAUUUGAGAAGAUGGGCUUACAUAAUGACUUACAACAGGGCUUCCAAUAACCCAACAAUGGUACAUCAUCAUCCACAGUAUACUCCUUUAGAAAAGGUUGCUAAUUCUGCUGUCAAAGAAUGUACCAAUUAUACAAAUUUGUCAGGAAAGGAUUUUAUUCAUCCACUAAAGAACACGACGUUAACAGAGUUAUAUCAGAGAUAAAGUACACACACAAACUAAAAUCUAAAAAAUAAUAUCCAGUUGUAACAGAGAGAAUGAUUUAAUAAUCAGUAUUUUAAAACAUGUUAGUAUUAGAUAUGAGACGAAUAUAUCUUUUUUAAAUAAUAGUAAUUUAGUGUGCUUGUAUUUGAUAUAGGCUUCUCAUAUCUGAGAGGCGUUAGUCCCGAAGAUAUGAGACGACUACAUCUGAUUUACGUACAAUUCAUAAAUAAAUAUUUUAUCUUUUCUCUUGUUCUGUAAAGAGCAAUCAGUUUUUAUAAAACAGGAAAAGUGUCAUUAUCUCAAAUUUUCAAGAUGAAGUAACACUUUCAGAAGAUGUUUUGUAGUUAUGGAUUUGGAAUGAAUUCUUAAUUGCGUCUAUUUUUCUGUCUUCAAAUUGAUACUUUAUCAUUGCUUUUGUAUGGCAAUAUGAAUCGCUGUACUAUCUGUCCUUUUUUCUGGUUUAAUUGCCAAAAUCUGAACUUAUUGCGGAUAAAUGAUAACACUUCUAUGUAAAUUUUAUUGUAAUUAUUAUCUCAGUGAAUGUAUGGAUUUUAUAGGAUUUCACAUUCUUAUAUUUUAUGGCUUUCUAGCAAAAGCCAGCAAAUUAUAUGUAAAAAAUAAAAAUAUGUAAUUUAAGAUAAUUUUCAUUGACUUUCAUUGGUUCAAUAUAUGACAUCCUUAAGGGAGGAAAGACAUACAUAAUCAUGGUUGAAUAUAUAUUACUUUUGUUAAUGUUUUUAUCCUUGAAAUUAUUUAAAGAUUAUUAUACUAUGUGAUAAUGAAUGAACUAAGGUGUGGGUUACGUCUAUGAGACAGCAACCCAGCUUGUUUGGUAGCUUACAUCUGAUUACGGGUACAUUUAAAGAAAUACCAUUCGGGCAAUCACUCGAUUUAUGUUAGCUUAAUGCACGGUUGUGGUUUAAAUGAUACAUUCUGACAGCACAUUUCAGUUGAUACAUAUGGAACAUUGACUCAAAAUAUGAUACUUAUUUUUUUUUUAUUUAUGCACGGCUUUCCCACAUGUAAUAAUAUGCAAAACAAUAAGAUUCUUCCCUAAUUAGUAUUACAACGCUUGCAUGUAUUUAUAAGAAGUUUAGGUGAAAAUUGUGCAUAGUCAUUUGAUAUUUAAAAAAACAACUGAACUGCCGAAAUAACACUGCUGCAGUUUAAAAAUAAUAAUAUAAUCUUCGUUUUGUUCAUGGAGCAAAUCAUCUGAUAACAUGUAUAGAAGUAUAGGUUGAAAUCCCGCUGAGGGAAGAGCACACGUAUUAAACUGCUAAUUUGAAGUUGUAACACUUUUGAAUUGUUGGAUUUAUAUAAUGAUAUGGCAUAUAAUUUGUUGAUUUUAAGUAAUGUAUAAAAUAUUAAUGUUUUUGAACGCACUAAUAGCAUCAAUGAAAUGCAUACCAAUGAAAUAUUAAAAAUGUGAAAACUAAA